AUGGCUGAAUAUAUUAAGACCGGUGUCGAGUCUGUAGCCGGCGUUACGGCAGAAGUUUAUCAAGUCCAGGAGACUUUGUCCGAUGAGAUCUUAGCCAAAAUGCAUGCGGCACCUAAGAAAGAUCAUCCCGUGGCUACGCCAGAUAUCCUCAAGAAUGCCGAUGGAUUGCUAUUGGGCUUUCCUACGCGCUUCGGCAGCAUGCCGGCGCAAGUCAAGGCGCUAUUUGACGCUUGUGGCGGUCUAUGGUCUGCCGGUGCGUUGAUUGGCAAGCCUGCAGGUAUCUUCUUCAGCACUGGCACCCAAGGUGGCGGUCAAGAGACUACAGCUCUAACUUCACUGACGUUCUUGGCUCAUCAAGGCUUAACCUAUGUACCACUCGGCUAUCGUAGUCCUUUGCUCUUCAACAUGGAUGAGGUCCACGGUGGAUCUGCCUGGGGUGCUGGUACUUUUUCUGGUGGAGAUGGGUCUCGCCAACCUAGUCAGCUUGAACUGGAUGUUGCCAAGGUCCAGGGUGAGUCAUUUGCUAAGAUUACUAAGAAACUAUCAGCUGAAGUUCACUUUCGUGACGGUCCGUACGUCAUUGGACAGCAUCAGUGGAGACCGGGGAAUCUAGCUGGAUUAAAAUGGUGCAAUAUGUGUCAGACCAUUGUCUAUGGCAUCCGCAGCUAUGUGGUCACGUGCGACAUCUGCGGCAUGUUUGCGCAUGCACAAUGCGCGGCUUCUAUAAUGCACUACAAGAGCAUACCCAGUUCCUCUUCGUCAAGUGAUUUUGUUGGUGGCACUUCUGUAUUCCCAUCUACGUUAUCCUGUGCCUGUAAAUUGCCUGGAGUACUGCUGUCACUUGCAACAGAUUCGUCAAACAACAAUGAAACAGAGCUUUCGCUCAUGUCGAUGCAACAGCAACAACACAUAUGGAUAAAGGGUAACAUCGACCCGAUGGACUCUUGCUCGUUGUGUGGACUCUUCUGCGGAAGUAUUUUAGCACUCUCAGGACUCAAAUGUGCGUGGUGUCAUGUACGAGUGCACGAGGAAUGCUUCCAGCAGGCACUGGCCCGUGUACAUCGACCGCCGCUAUUACGACGUUGCAGCUUGGGUCGGCAUGCAAACCUCAUCUUACCUCCGUCUUGUGUUGUGUUGCACGACCCUAACUCAAUUGCUACCAAGUCACAACGAGCACUCAACUCGAUGCGUAGUGUAGCGCAUAUCGCAGCGAAGAAAAUGUCUACUAUUCGUCUUCGACGUGGAAUUACCAGCAACACAAUAAAGCCGCCGAUUCCUCCAACAAGAACUUUGCGAAGCGAGGUCCCUAGUGAGUGGGAGAAUCCACUUGUAGUUUCAUCAAACGCCGUGUCCGGAUUCGAUGGGCUACCGUAUGAUCUCGUUGAGCUUCCCAAGGAGACUACUCCACUUUUGGUUUUUAUCAAUAGUCGUAGUGGUGGUAAGAUGGGGCUACAUGUUCUUCGACACGUGCGAAAGCGGCUUAAUCCCCUACAAGUAUAUGAUCUAUCGCACCAAAGCCCCAUUGAACCACUGCGUCGGUUCACUGGGCUUCCACGACUGCGAAUUCUGGUUUGUGGUGGAGACGGAACUGUAGGCUGGAUACUUGGUGCUUUAGAUGAGAUCGGAGCUCCACGGCAGCCACCUAUUGCAGUUCUGCCGUUGGGUACUGGUAACGAUUUGGCUCGUAUUUUGGGUUGGGGUUCCGGCUUUUCAGCCCCCACAAAUGUGAGCGAAAUUCUUAGUGAAGUGGAAGCUGCCCAUGUUAGUCUGCUGGAUCGGUGGGAAGUGACCAUUGGCCAGUCGCAGAAGCGCGUCGUCUUGAACAAUUACCUGGGUAUCGGGGUGGAUGCUCAGGUGGCGCUUGAGUUCCAUCAACAGCGUGAACGCUCGCCGGGGCUUUUCAUGAGUCAGUUCGUGAACAAGUUGUGGUAUAGUCAAUUUGGAGCAAAGAAUUUUCUUGUCCGAACGUGUGCCGGGUUGUCCGAUAGAAUUGUACUCGUUUGCGAUGGAAAGCGCAUCACAUUUCCUGAAGGAACAGAAGGCGUCAUUAUCCUCAACAUUAACAGUUACGGCGGUGGCUCAAAGCUUUGGCAUGAUAACACAGAAUCCGACAGCGAGGACUCGGACUCGGAUAGCGAGACAGAUGAUGACCGAAGCCAGACGAGCAGUGGUGGCAGGUGCAACACCAGCACGCACUUCGGUCCUUCUUCUCCGCAUGAUGGUCUACUCGAUGUCGUAGCAGUAUAUGGCACAUUGCAUCUCGGCCAGAUGCAGGUGGGCUUGUCGAAGGCAGUACGUUUGUGUCAGGCCAAGUCCAUCAGUCUUUCUUUGAAAGAAACCCUGCCUGUGCAGAUCGACGGCGAACCAUGGCUGCAAAAUCCUAAUGAGAUGGAGAUAUCAUUUUUGCAGCAAGCGUUCAUGCUUAGUCGCACUGUCGACGAACGUGAUGUUGUGACGAAGAAAGUUAGCGAGGUGUUGGACUGGGCAGAACACACGCACACUAUAUCCUCUCAACAGCACGACCUCUUACUCGUUGAGAUCGCUCGUCGUGUCGCGGAAACUGCUACAUCAAGACGGUCGAUAGGCUCACGAGCUCUACUAUCUCCAAUUCGUCGCAACGAUGAGAGACGGUCGUUUAUUAUGGCUGACUGA